GGGAAUGGAUGGGAAUGGAUGGGAAUGGAUGAGAAUGGAUGGGAAUGGAUCGAAAUAAUCAGAGAAAUUCAGAAGUAAUUUCAUGUAGUACAAAAUUAGCUAUAUUAACUAUUGAAAUGUUAAGAGCAUGUAACGUACUAAAUAUGUCCAAACAUUUUGUAUACAUAAUAAAUCUUUUUAACUUAUUAAAUAGCAUUAUUUACUCUAGAAAUAUUCGAACAUGUGUGAUAUUCUACAAAUAUCAUCAUAAGUAUUUACCCAUAUAAUAAUGAGAUAUUAUGCUUUUUUUUCGUUACAUCAUAAUGUGUACAGGCAGAUAGUAAAAAAGAUUUACUAUGAACACGCCGAAAGAAAAAAUGUCGAAGGCAAAAACGUCGAACAAAAAAAACGAAAUAAAAAAACGUCGAUCAUGUAACAUAUCGAAACUUCUAAGAUGUCAUUAUUGGAGUAGCUGCCUAAUUUGAGUUCGAAUAUAAAUGAAAAUUUCGACGCACACCCCCUUUUUAUUAGCUGAAGAAAAAGAAAAAUUUUUCUUUUCGAAGUCGAAUUUAUAAUUCGAACCAGCCGCCCAUAUAAUUCUGGCAAAAAAGAAAUUUUUAUUCAUGGCACCCACAGCAGCUGCAAUGAUGUGUGCGUGAGUUUAUGUGUGAGUUCUUCUUCUUGGAAUACCUUUCGCGGCACCCACAACAGCUGCGCUGAUGUGUGCGUGAGUUUCUGUGUGAGUCCUUCCUCUUGGAACUCCUUUCCCGGCACCCACAGCAGCUGCUAUGAUGUGUGCAUGGUUUAUGUGAGUCCUUCCUGCCAGAUCACCUUUCGCGGCACCCACAGCAGGUGCGAUGAUGUCUGCGUGAGUAUAUGUGUGAAUCCUUCCUCUCGCAACUCCUAGGAACUUGAAAGUUCAACCUUGAAGCAUAAAACUUGAAGCUUGAAACUCGAAACUUGAAAACUCAAUUGAAUUCAAGUUUCAAGUUUUACAUAUAUGGCAUUCCAGAUGAUACUUCUAGCAUCCCGGAGGAUGCCUCUACCAUCCCAGAUAAUGUUUCUAGGGUCUCCGAUGAUGCUCCUUGCAUCUCAGGGGGUUCGUCUGGGGUUUUGAGACGAUGUGUGCUAUAUUCCCGAUGAAUCUUCUGGCAUCCCAGAUGAUGCAUCCAUAAUUCGAGAUAAUGCUUCUAUCAAUGCACAUGAUGCUUCUAGCCUUUUACAUGAUGCUUCAGGCAUCGCAGAUGAUGCCUCUAGCUUCUCAGAUGAUGCUUGUUGCAACCCAAAGGAUUCUUCUAGCGUCCCGGACGAUUCUUCUAGUAUCACACCUGGUGCUCCUAACAUCUCAGAUGAUGGCUUCGGGGUUUCAGAUGAUGUGUUGAGCACGACAGAUGAUGCUUCUAGCACCCAGAUGAUCAUUCUAGCAUCUGACAUGAUGCGCCCAGGACUCCAGAUGAUGUUUCCAGCGCCUCAUUUGGUGUUUCCAGGAUCUCAGGUGAGAAUAGUAUGCAUGAGAUUAAGUAUUAUAACUUAGAAAAACUGCUAUUGUGCGCUUCUUUGCUAUUUCCACACGCGUAUACCUUCGCAUUUAUAAAUCAUAAUUUAUAUAAAAUUUUAUCUUUUGCUUUUUCUGCCGUAGUUAUAUGGGUACUUCAUCCAAAUUACAAAUUAGAAUUCGAAAAAGAAUUUAUCUUUUUCUUUUAUUGCCGGAAUUAUAUGGGUGCUUCGUUCGAAUUAUAAAUUAGAAUUCGAAUAAAAUUUUUUUUUCUUCUUUCGCCAGAAUUAUAUGGGUGACUCGUUCGAAUUAUAAAUUCGAAUUCGAAUAAAUUUUUUUUUUUUCGUUUGCCAGAAUUAUAUGGGUGGCUUGUUCGAAUUAUAAAUUCGAAUUCGAAUAAAAAUUUAUCUUUUUCUUUUUCUGCCGUAAUAACAUGGAAGCCUUUUUUUUUAUUUUCGAAGUGAUAUCGAGCAGUUGUAGCUCCAUUUAUAUUCGAACUCGAAUUAGGCACCUCAUGGAUCUAGUAGAUAAUCAUGUCGAUAAUGAAGAAGAAUGUAUAGAUGCAGAAAAUGCCUGUACAACUUCGAAAAAAGAUAAUUACAAUGGCAUACGAAUAUAUUCUGCUAUUUCUGAUCAAGAUAAAAAUAAAUUUUUCAAAAUAAAUAUUAAUGGAAUCGACAAAUUCAUACAUAAGCAAACAGCAGCUUGGUAUUUAACAAAAAAAAUCAUUUAUCAUCUGAUAGACGAGUACGUGUUCAACAAACGAAUAAACAAAAAAAUUAAUAAUUAUCUUUUUUUUGUUCAAUUUCGUUGGCUAUUUGUCAUAAGUAAAAAAAUGCAUUUUUUUAUAUUCAAUCAAAUGCUUCUGUUUUGUGACAUUUAACAUAAUCUUUUUCGAAAUAGAAGACAGACUUUUUUUGAUAAUAUUUUAUUAGAAAUAUUUAAAAAGUUUCUGAACGUAUUCAUCGAUAUUUUAUUUAUUUGAAUUCAAAAUAUUACUUACACUUGAAUGUAAAAAGUUACAAUGCCAUUACAAACUGAAUAUUAUAUGUUAAUUCAAUAAAUCUUCUAUUUCAUUUUGAAUAUAUAAAUAUUACUAAACAAGAACCACUACGAAUUGCGAUGAUUAAUAUACAUUAUUUAAAAGGAUCUAAAGUUUUUUAUUUUACUAGUAAUAAUACGAAAAAAGUUUGAAAUAGUUUAUCGUUGACGAGUUUAAUUAUUAACAAUCACUAUUUCUUAGUACAGCAUAUUCUUAUUUCAAUAUACUAAAAGGUAAAUGGAAAAGUUUAUCUGAUGCACUGUAUCUGUAUGAUUUGAUUUUAACAGCAUUUUUCGAACGAUUAUCUAAAUACAAAAUACAUGGCCAUACUACCGUGUAAGAUAACUUACACAUGAUAAAAAUGUAAUUGAUUAGAUAUGAAGAAAUGAUAGUCACUUGAAUUAGCUGAAAGUGAUCAGAAAUGUUAGGGUGAGUUCUUCUCUCUCUUAUAUUAAUUUCUGCAGUAUAUACAAUUGUUUAGAACAUUGCUGAAUUUAAAGACUUAUUCUCAUAGUAUUAAAUGCAAUCUGUUGUGAAAUAGUCAUCAAUAUAACAUAAAAUAUUUUGACUUUGGUCAGUAGAAGAUAGACAAUCUAAGGAAAAAAAUGCAUUCUUAUCAUACAAUUUCGACAAUUUAAGAAAGCCAGAAAUAUAUUUGAGAAUCAAGGAAUGAGUGGGAAUGGAAGAGAAUGGAUGGGAAUGGAUGGGAAUGGAUGGGAAUGGAUGAGAAUGGAUGAGAAUGGAUGGGAAUGGAUGGGAAUGGAUGGGAAUGGAUGAGAAUGGAUGGGAAUGGAUGGGAAUGGAUGGGAAUGGAUGAGAAUGGAUGGGAAUGGAUGAGAAUCGAUGGGAAUGGAUGGAAUGGAUCCGAAUGCCCGAAUAGUUUUUUCCCCCUUGGGAAAACCUCUUUCAUUUUAUGUUAUUCAUCAUACUUAUCAACCUCCAAAGUAAAUAUUUUCUGAGUAAAAUUAUUUAACUAAUAUCAUUAUUGAUAGUUGUUAUGCUGAUGAUGAAUGUAUUCAACGAGUGCAAGCUAUUCAAGAUUUACAUCAAAAUGGUCAAGGAUGGGUAGAUAUUGGUUAUCAUUUUCUAGUUGGUGAAAAUGGAAAAGUUUAUGAAGGAAAAGGAUGGAAUUGUCAAGCUGCUCAUUCAUCAGGAUGGAAUAAUGAUGCAUAUGGUACUUAUUUUUAUCUAUUAUUUGGAUAA